GCCAUCGCCGUCGCGGACUCGUGGAGCGCCCGGAUUUGAAAAUCUCGCGAGGCGCCCGCCGCUUGUCCGCUUCCUCAGCUUCGCCGUCCUAAAAGCCGCGGAGAGAGCGAGCGAGAGACACAGAGAGAGCCCAGCCGCAACGGGAAACCUUCUCUUCGCCUCGGGGCGGAGCGGCCGCGGCCACACGAACGCGACGCAGGUGCCGUGCGGUUCCAAACCCCCCCUCUCUCUCCCAGAAACUUCUCGAUUUGGUUGAUGAUUCUUCCAUCCCGCCGCGGCGUGGUUCACGGGGGCCGACGUGCGAGGUAAGUCAGAAGACAAGAUGAUGCACAAGGAGUUGCCACAGGUAUGGUGGUUUGGCAGCCGCAACCUAGCAAGGCCAUCUCCAUGGCUGAACAACACACUUUCAGAGCUGGAUGACAAGACCAUGCAAAUGCUGAAGCUAAUCGACCAAGACGCGGACUCGUUUGCACAGCGCGCUGAAAUGUACUACAAGAAGCGGCCCGUGCUAGUGGACAUGCUCGGCGACCUGUACCGCACGCACCGCUCGCUGGCAGAGCAGUAUGACCUGCUGAAACAUGGCAGCGGCACACGCCAAACAGUGUUUGGCCUUUCUUCCUGCACGCAGAGCCGGUCUCAGGCGUCGUCCACGAACGGCAAGACGACGCCUCGCUCCUCUUGCUCUGUCUCCAUCUAUGACUCGGAGUCUGAGGUCGAUGACCCCGAGCAAGAAGAAGAAGAACACGAGGGAGCGCAGGUAGAGCUGAUGCGUGCGGAGGCCAUCAAGAUGGAGUCGGCCUCGCAGGAACAGCAGCGGCAGAAAGAGCAGGUCGAGCUAAUGCGCGCGGAGAUCGAGAAGCUGAAGGAGCAGAAUGCGGCGCUGCAGAAGGCGGAGGAGGAGAACGCGGCGCUGAAGGCGGAGCUCGCGGGGAAGGACGAGGAGAAGAGGGAGGUCAUCAGGCAGCUCGCGUCGUCCCUGGACAUGAUGAGGGAUGAGAACCUCACGCUGCGUGAGCACAUCAGGGGAUCGAAGCAUUCGUCCGCGUCCACCCGUGCGUUUGAUCUCAAGAAGGUGGCCAAGGAUCUCUUCUCUGCGAGGCUAUUCACCGCGCACUGCAAGCCGACGGGCCCCAUCGUCGCGCUCUGAAGAGAGUCCGGCGCAGCAGGAUGAAGGAAAGAGAAAACAGCAUGAAUCUGAUGAUACAUUUGUUGUAGAUCAUGUGCAUAUUGAGGAUGGUGUACUAGCCUGUCCGUUUCUGUUCAUGUUCAGGUUUAGCAACUAGAGAGGAUUCGUUUUAACCAGUGCUUCGGCACCUGUAUUUACAUCUGUGGUGGUAGUUAAGUACAGUUGUUUGUUCACCCAUACAAUGGCGUUAACUAUAGCUAAAUAUUCUCGUAAGUUACUCCU